UCACCAAUAUAUGCAAAAAAGAAGAUUUUACAAAUUAAGAUAUAAACACGAAAUUAGUACGUACUGACUGACACAGUGAUAUCAGACAUGGCUUCAAAGAAGAAGAACCAGGUUUUGAUCAUCAUAAUAACAAUGAUAUAUCGUGUUGAUGUAACCAAUAUAUAUAUGCAGUGAGAGCAGCAGCCAGCGACGAUAAUAAAAAAGAGAAGAAGCAAGGAAUGCGUGUGAAAGUGAAGCAGCAGUGAAGCGAAUACACUGUUGGCAGCAUCAUCAUUUCCAUGAUUCGUCUUCUUACUGUCGGCACCGCCGUGACUCAUGCCCCCAACGUUCCGUUUCUCUUUUCAUCGUUUUCGUGUCAUUCAUCCAUCAAUAAAUUUUCAAAGUUAAUUAGCAGUCAAAACUAUCAACCGGGUCAAUUCUCACUUACUAGUUAAUUUAGUUUUGACCAUUCUUCUACUUCUUUUACCUUAAUAUCGUAAGGACAAAAUGUUUCCUGUGAAAAGUUUCUGUGGGUUUGAGGACAACAGCCAUGUCAACUUAAAGGGGGGAGACGAUUCCAUCAAGACUUUAUCAGAAAGAAAAUCAACAGAAGUCUGUAAGAGUCACAAGGAGGCUGAAAGGAGACGCAGGCAGCGUAUUAACGCCCACUUGUCCACUCUCCGCUCUCUCCUCCCCAACACCACCAAGACGGACAAGGCUUCAUUGCUAGCGGAGGUUGUCCAUCACGUGAGGGAGCUAAACAAGCAAGUGGAAGACGUAUGGCGACGUGACGGUGACGGUGACGGUGACGGUGACGGUUUCUGCAGUAACAGCCAACCAGAGCUUGACAAGUCGUGGCUGUUUCCAGGGGAAUGCGACGAGGCCGAUUUGAGUUUUUGUGAUAAGGAAGGGAUGUUGUUGAAGGUGAACGUUUGCUGCGACGAUAGGCCAGGUUUGUACGGGGAUUUGAGUCGGGUGAUCAGGUCGGUCCAGGCUAGGGUGGUUCGGGCUGAGAUGACGACGGUUGGUGGUCGGACCAAGAGCGUUGUGGUGAUGCAGUGGCGUGGUGAAGAGGACGACAUUGGGCCCUUGAAACGGGCUUUGAAGGAUGUUGUGGAGAAUCGGGUUUCUGGGCUGGUCCAAGGGGCAGGAAGUAAACGGGUUCAAUACUUUGGGUCGGAUAGUGAAAGCGGUCAUGGGUUUUUGGCAAAAUCAACGCCUUACGUAAAUGCUUUUGGUUUUUGUGAUUUGUAUUUAGCUACCUUGGCAGACAUCAUUCUCCUAUGGGUAGUUAUUAUGUUGAAAGUUGCAUUAGCAUAUAAAGAUGCUCUUUCCCUCCUUAGCAUUAAAUUUCUUAUCAAAUCAAUUUGGAAGGUAUUUGACAUGGAAGACCUAGCCUUGCAGGACCAAGCGUCUAAAAGAAUCACAGGUCUCGUGAAGGAAGAUGCAUGUCAUUGGAAAAAUAUUUGGAACCUUGCCACUAUCCAUUUGAACCUGGGAUCCGCUCAAGAUGCAUUGCAUAAAGGAGUUUAG